AAUAAAAUUGAAAACAAAUUUUGCGUAUCAAGAGAGAACAAUCGUCAUUCUUUUGGUAUCUGUGAUGCCAAGCUCCAGAAAUCUCCAGAUUGCGUUCCAGCGCCUCCAGUGAAACCUCUGGUAGAGCCUCCAGUCAAGAAUUUCUACUGGAGGCGCUGGAACAGGCCCAUAAUUUACUACUUGCUUCCUACUAUUGUUAUUCACAUACAAAUAUGAGCGGUGUGCGGCGAAUGGGCUCAAGCCGGUUUGUUUGUUGUGACGUGGCGUUCCGGUGGUGAUCGUGGGGCGGGGGCGCUCCGGUUAUAUUUGGAUUUCAAUCUUACCUAUUUCAAUUGAAAUCAUGAUGCUUUUCUUCACAGCGACAUGCUUAGCUCUUCUCGGCGCUACUGUAUCAGAAGAGGCGUGCCAUGAGUUUGCUGGUGGAUCUGUUUACCCGCAAGAGGCAGGGAAGGCAUCUGGUCAUGCGCUUCAAUGGACGAAGGCUAUGAUUUCCAAGCCUGCACCCUACUGGGAGGGCACUGCUGUUGUGAAUGGGGAGUUCACAGAACUGAAACUGACUGACUACAAAGGAAAAUAUCUAGUAUUCUUCUUCUAUCCUCUUGACUUCACGUUCGUGUGUCCCACCGAGAUUCUGGCGUUCAACGACCGCGUGGAGGAGUUCCGCGCGCUGGGCGCCGAGGUAGUGGCGUGCUCGAUCGACUCGCAGUUCACUCACCUGGCCUGGAUGAACACGCCGCGCAAGGAGGGCGGCCUCGGCAAACUGAGCAUCCCGCUCCUCUCCGACAUCACGCACGCCAUCUCCAAGGACUACGGCGUCUACCUGCAGGACCAGGGCCACUCGCUCAGAGGUCUGUUCAUUAUCGACGGCGCCGGCGUGCUGCGUCAGAUCACCAUGAACGACCUGCCGGUGGGCCGCUCGGUGGACGAGACACUGCGCCUCGUGCAGGCCUUCAAGUACACCGACUCGCACGGCGAGGUGUGCCCGGCCGGCUGGAAGCCCGGCGCUGACACGAUUAUUCCCGACCCUAGCAAGAAGCUGGAGUACUUUGGCCGCAGCGUCAAGGACGAGAUGUAGGACCCAUCUGCGGGAGGUACCUACCAGCGCGCGGCGGGAGGCGGGCCAGUCGGUGACGGUGAGGACGGCCAGUGGGCCGACCAGAGCGGUGAUCAGGGCAGAGAGCCGCCACCCUGGUGGGGCGGCUGGGGUGUGCAUAUGUGAACGUCCAGCUUGGGCGGCGACUGUAGGUGUGUCAGGCGACGUUUUCUUAACAGGGAGACGUGGGUUCAAGGGCACGAAUGGGCUGGGAGGGUGUCAAGAGCUUUGGCGGACGUGUACAAAGUCGUGACAAGUGACAGUCAGGUGCAGCUUUGGGCUUGGAUGAUAAAAUAGCCAGGGUAGGGUGCGGGCAUUUUACGACCAGAGAUCUGGCUGAAUGUGUGAUAUAACAGUGCGGCUUCUGUCGGCAUUCCAAUGGCAGAGUGUGCCUUGUUCGCAGAUACAGGUGAUACCUCUCGCUAGGUGUGAAUUGUGAACCUUGUUGGGAUUCACUCGCACCAACACCCCCAAUAAGAAUACAAGGCCUGUUUCUAAAUACAUUUGUUGACCUCCUG